AAUACAUCAACAAGCAAUUCCAACUUCUUUAAAAAAAAAACAGUUCGAUUUGUCUAAGUUUAUAACACUAAUUGCUAAAUUUUAAUCAUAAAAUCAUGGAUAACUCCCAAAAUUUGAGCUACCAAGCUGGUCAAGCCAAGGGCCAAGCCCAGGAAAAAGGUAACCAAAUGAUGGACAGAGCUGCCAAUGCUGCACAGUCUGCUAAGGAUUCAUUACAAGAGGCGGGACAACAAAUGCAGGCCAAGGCACAAGGAGCGGCUGAUGCAGUAAAAAAUGCUACUGGCUUGAACAAAUGAAAUUCUAAUUUCGAUGGGUUCAUAUUUUUGUAAUCGCCUCUAAAAUAAUUUAAAAUAUUGUUAUUAUUUCAAAUUAGGAAAGCAAUUUCUUUUAUUUGGUUUGAGUAUUUUUGAGAGGCUUCUUAUUUUUGAAUUAAAGAAGAAAAAGAAAAAGUUGUGUAUAAGUCACACUGACACAACUUUCUUAAUUUCUUUUCUUUCUUUUAAUCUAAUAAAAGUGCAUGACUUUGUUUGAAUUCUCCAAA